AUGGUGGAGAAGGUUUACUCUUUCAAGCAAGUGACUGAGGAGGUGUUGGAAAGUCUGGUUGGGUGUCACAAGAUUGGGACGCACAGCGGGACACACCAUUUGGACGAAGUUUGUUCUGUGGUGUUGUUGACGCUGUUACCCAGGUUUGCAUCAAGUGUGGUAAUUCGUCACCGGGACGACGCCAUUCUUGACAAGUGUGAUAUUGUGGUGGAUGUGGGCGGGAUAUACGACCCGGUCAAGAACCGUUUUGAUCAUCACCAGAAGGAGUUUGGGGAGUAUUGGAGUGAGACCCAGACCGCGACGCGCCUGAGUUCGGCAGGCCUGGUGUGGAAACACUUCGGAAAGGAGGUUCUCGUCCAGCUUUUGGGUGACGCCAAGUCCGUGGACGCCAAGUCCGUGGACGAGAGUAAGUUGGGGCAGUUGCAGCAGGUAACAUACGACCUGGUUUUCGAGAGUGUGGACGCGGGAGACAAUGGCGUGAGGUCUUGCACCUGUACUCCAGAUCGCAUCAAAUACACAGGCAGCCUGCCGGGGCUUGCGGGCUUGGUUGGCUCGUUCAAUGCCUCUUGGAUUGAGGCGCAUAACGAGUCCGAAGGGUUUAAGAACGCCUGUGCCGAGGCUCAGCAGCACCUGCUUCCCAUCAUCACGCAGAUAGCCAGCCAGUGGUUCGCAGCGCUGGAUCACUUCAGCCAAGCUGAGCGUUUGUUGCUAGGAGGAGACAAGUGUGUGCUACUUUUAACUAAGUAUGUAAGGUUCUCGAAGUUCCUGCCGUACAUGAAGCCGCACCUUAAGAACUCGGCACCCGUCGUAGGCUGUGUUUGGGAAGAAUUCGGAGUCUGGUGCUACUCCUACACGCCGGAACCGUGGAAGGUCGUGCACCACUCUGAAGGCUCCAGACCCUGCAAGACGCGAGAUCAAGCGGUCGAGGAUUUGAAGAACCUCACACUUCACAACAAGUGCGGCGCCGCACUCCUCUCAAAAGAUGCACCUCCCCCAAGCGACUGUCCCUCCUAA